AGAAAAGAAAUAAUGAGUUUAUCAGUCCAACAGCUGGCAUAUAGAGAGAAUGAUUGUCUCUGUUUGUAUCUGCACUUCUCUUCCUGCACUCUUUAAAUACAUUAAAUAGCAGAAGUUUAGAGGAAGCCAGGUUGUUUCUGUUUGCGUUUGUCAGGAUGAGAUCGGCCAGAGUUUCUUUCCUCUUGGUGUUUCUUCUUGUCACUCUUUCUGAAACGUGGAAUCCAGGUGAUGUGGAGGCUCCAUCAGCCCUGGACCAGAUCCAACAGAAACCAUUGGUACCACAAUGGCCAGAGAUACCAACAAAUCCCCCCACUGAUGUGUUAACCAGCCCGGACCCUACGACCCCUGAAGUCCCUACAACCCCUGCAGCCCCUACAACCCCUGAAGCCCCUACGACCCCUGCAGCACCUGAGGAAGAUGAAUUUCUGGGUCCAGAUAAGUGUCUGAAAAAGAAGUUAACUCGUGCAUCAUGUGACCUGGUGUUUUGUCCUCCAUGGGAACGUUGUAUAAAAGGACAGUGCUCCUGCAAACCACCUUACCUGUGCCCCUCUGAGAAUAUCAAGUCAGUCUGUGGAAGAGACACUCGGACCUACCGCUCAUACUGUCAGGUGAUGGCUGUCUCAUGUAGGACCAAGAAAUCCAUCAUGUCCCACUUUGGGGACAAUUGUGCUAGUAGUUUCACAAGUUCGAUAGACACAAACACAGGAGUGGUCAAGGUCUUCCUUCCGGAGACUGAUGGAAGCGUGAAUGAGCUAUUUGUGUGUCGGAAUCUGUUUGACAUGGCGGCUGCUAAUGUGGUCUGCAAGGAGCACGGGAACCCACUUGGUGCUAUGUCUGUGGAUUACGUGCCACACUCCUCCCUGGUGGGGGGUCAGUCCAACAGAGAGGACAGCUGUGUUGCCAUCCACUGCCAAGGUUUUGAGACUUCCCUGUCUGAGUGUCUGAUCCACGACAAAGUUAUAAUUUGGGGCCAACGGAGGGUCGCUAAUGUAACGUGUUAUGACGAAUCACAAGCAUCAAAAGAUGCUUGUGGUUUCACGUGUGCUAACGGCAAGUGUGUGCUUCUGCAUCAGACGUGUGAUGGAGUCGAUGACUGUGGCGACCGCAGUGAUGAGAUGUGCUGCAAAAAAUGUAGGCACAAGGCUCUCCGCUGCAAAACAGGAGUGUGUGUACAUAAAGAGGCAAUCGGUGACGGACAGUUGGACUGUCUGGACGGCGAGGAUGAAUUAGAGAAACACAGAAUUACAGGCAAGAGAUACGAACACACUGUCACUCAAUGAAACGUUCAUUACAUCUCUGCCAAAGAAGAAACAAAAGCCAGCAGACUUCAGCUGGAGUCCCAGUUGUCCUGUGGGCGUCCCAACGAGACCACCGUUGACGAUGAGAUAGUGGAGGAGCGAGGAAGGUCUUCCCGAGUCAAGAGAGUAGUGGGAGGAGUGCCAGCCAAACCGACUCAGAUCCAGUGGCAAGUUGCUCUGGAGGACAACAGAAAAAUCGACUGUGGAGGAGCUUAUAUUGGAGGAUGCUGGGUCGUCACCGCUGCUCACUGUGUCAGACCCAACCCUUCCGCAUUCAGGGUGAAGUUCUCUCUGUGGAAGAAGGCCAGAGCUCAAGGAACCACUGACAUUGUUCCUGUAGCAGACAUUCACAUCCACCCAAGGUAUAACGCCUCCACCUAUGAGAACGACAUCGCUCUGGUGGAGCUGGAGAAGCUUCCGUACAAGAAAACAUGUUUGGUGGAUAACCCGGCCGUCAGCGCUGUCUGCAUCCCCUGGACCCCGCAACUCUUCCAACCCAACCACACCUGCAGCAUCUCUGGAUGGGGCCGAACUAGAGACGGAAAAGGAGCUCAGGUGUUGCUCUGGGCCAAUGUGUCCCUCAUCGAUGAGUGUGAGAGGUACUACGGACAUCGCUUCAAACCGGGCAUGAUGUGUGCAGGUGAUCUGGAGGGCAGCGUGGACUCCUGUCAGGGGGACAGUGGAGGUCCUCUGGUGUGUGAGGACGAGCUUGGUUUUUCUUACCUUUGGGGAAUCGUCAGUUGGGGAGAGAGAUGUGGACAGCCUGGAUUCCCUGGAGUUUAUACACAGGUUGCUCAUUACUUUGAGUGGAUCAGACUUCAUACUGGUUGGGAUGCAGUCAGCAGGUUCAACACCUGAGGAGUCGAUCGCUGCUGUUUGAUUAAAGUUUCCUCAACAUUUCACCUUUACAGCUGUGUGAUGAUGGACACUUUGUGUACUGUGAAUAAAAUGUUUAAAUGUUAA